GCGCUGGAGACAGUCUCAUCAUCUCCUCUGCGCAGAGAGGAGCAGAGCGAGCAGAGCGCACAGGAUCCAUCCUCCUCCUCCUCUUCUGUGUGCACACGUGGACACAUCUGAAAGUGGACCCCCUCCUCUGGUCAUGGACUGUUUUUGUUUCUAUUCUCUUCUUGGUGACUUCAGGAUGAUUUGAGCUGCAGGGGGAGGCUCACUCAGCAGGAGAAUGCUGCUUCACGCACGGCUGGACUCUCGUCUUGGAGUGAAUUUAAGGAUUAAAGUCAUGAAGUGAACGUUGCAGCCUCAGUGGAUCCAAUGAUUGAGACCGGGACUCCGAGCAUGUUGGGCAGAACUGAACCGGCGCACUGCACCGUGUGCUGCUGCACCCUGACCAACAAGAUCCUCAUGGUGCUCUUCAUGGUGCUGCUCAUCCUCGCCAUCCUGUUCGGGAACUUGGUGACCCUGGCCGUGGUUCUGGGGACGAAACACUUCAAGACCUCGCAGGGUUACCUGAAGGCGUCGCUGGCUGUGGCCGAUCUGGCGGUGGGAAUAUUCGUGGUGCCGCUGUCGGUCUACGCUGAGGUCUAUCUCAUGGUGACGGACUCUGCACCGGAGUGGACUUCCUACAACUCUCAGUCUGUUAAUUUCCACCCGUGUAACGUCAUCGGACCCAUCUUUGCGGGAUGCACUCUGGUCUCCAUCACGACCAUCUUCCUGCUGACGAUCGAGAGGAGCAUCGCCGUGUUGAGACCGCUGCACAAAGACUCUGUGAUCACGAGGAAGAGAACCAUGAUCCUCAUCAUCCUCUCCUGGGUGGGGAGCUUCUUCCUGGCCGUGUCGCCCAUGGUGUUCAGCAGCGAGAUCGCUCUGGAGUACAACUCCUGCAGCCGGAUGUGUAACUACGCUCUGGGGACCAUCGGCGAGUUCCCAAGCCAGGCGUGGAACAUCCUCCUCCUCUUCCCGGUGUUCGACUUCACGCUCCUGGGAGGGACCGUGGUCAUCAACAUCGUCUCUCUGUCCAGCAUCAGGCAGCACUCACGGCGCAGGAAACACCUCGCCGAGAGCGAGUGCCAGAGCUCCUCUAAACCGACUUUCUCUGACAUCAAAGCCGCCAAGACGAUAGGGACGCUGACCGUGGCGUUCACCGCGUCGUUCACCCCCAUCGCCGUCUUUGUGGUCGGGAAUGUUUUGGGGAAUAAAUGGUGCAACUUUUCCUUUUUUGCCUUCUGGAUUUUGGCCACCAACAGCUGCUGGAAUGUGAUCAUUUACAGCGUGAGGGAUCAGAAAUUCAGACUUCGAGCACACAAGCUCCUCAUGCCUUUCCAGAGACAGGACUCCACCAAAACCUAAAAAGACUCAGGGAGCAAAGACCUGAAGGAGAGCUGCAUCGGGACUCUCGCUCAGAGACGUGUCUGCAUGUUUAACGGGUUGCUGUCGUGGUUAAACGGUUUCUUUUAGCGUCGUUAAAAAAGCAUGGAACGUUUUCAGAUGUUCACAAAUGUUGGAUAUACCGAACGCCUCUCUCUUUGUGGGCGUUCGUCUUGUUCUGUAACAUUUCAGAAGCUUGCUUCAGUCUGUGGAUGAUUGUUUACCAGAGUGUGAUCUAUUAAAACA